AUGUUUCAUGUAUACAAGCGCAAGAAUACCAGCAACAACAGUAUUGAAAUAAAGAACAGGACAGCCAUAAUAGAGUUCAUCCUGGUUGGUCUAUCAGCAACAACAUACAUUCAGAUAAUUCUCUUUUGCAUAUUCAUAACCAUCUAUGUUACAGCCCUAAGUGCCAACUUCAUCCUCAUCCUCACUAUAUGGACUUUCAGGAAACUCCACACACCCAUGUAUUUCUUCAUUGUCAAUUUGUCCUUAGUGAAUGUAUUCUCUAUUUCAAUUACAAUACCUAAAUUGCUCCAGAGUCUCUUGACUGGAAGGAAGACCAUCUCAUUUCAUGGUUGCCUUACUCAGGCCUACAUGUUUAUAUGGGCUGUAGGGACAGAACUACUGCACCUCUCCUUUAUGGCUUUUGAUCGCUAUGCUGCUAUCUGUCACCCUUUGCAGUAUCCCAUGAUCAUGAGGAAGGAAGUGUGUGCUUCCAUAGCUAUUGGAGUGUGGGUGGUAGGUCUAGUUAAUACUUCAACUCAUUCUGGAUUGUUGAAUCAGCUGUCAUUUUGUAACUCCAAUGUUAUCAAUCAUUUCUUUUGUGACCUUCCCCCUUUAUUGCAUCUCUCAUGCUCAGAUCCAACUCUAAAUGUCUUUGUCUUAUCUGCUUCAGAUUGGAUAUUAGGAGUUGGUUGUUGUGGGUUCACUUUAACAUCCUAUUUUUUUAUAAUAAGAACAAUCUGCAGAAUCCGUUCCACUGAAGGGAAGAAGAAAGCAUUCUCCACUUGUUCCUCACAUUUUAUUAUAGUCAGUAUUUUUUACUCCUCUGUAAUCUAUACUUAUAUCAGGCCAUCUUCAGCCUACUCUCCAGAACAAGAUAAGAUUGUUGCUCUCCUUUAUUCAGUGGUAACUCCUCUUGGUAACCCAGUCAUAUAUUCACUGAGAAACAAGGAUUUUAAGGAAGGAUUGAAAACACUUACAGGAAGAAUCCGGCUGCUCAGUAGGCUUCAAUACUGA